UCAGUGAUUCCUCGGUGUGAUGUUGUAAAGGCAAAAAUGAGGCACCGUUGAUCCAUGAGUUCUAGCAUUUUAUGGAUGAAUCAAUGAGGGUACGAAAGAGAAGGAAAAGUGCAUCCAAAAAGACUAUCGGUUUGUGCAGUGUCGAAAUACGCCGUUGAAGAAAUGGAGAAAUGCUUGUAAAUAUGUGAACAUCCAGAAUCAAACAGCACUACAGUAGUAGCAGCAGCAGCAGCAGCGAAAGUCUGUCUGUGAAAUCAGUGUGGCUGGUAGAGGGUUCGACAACCAGUCGGCAGGCCGACGGCGACUUGAACGUCAUCGUGCAGCAACAAGCGACAAACCUCACGAUUUAUCCGAACGACUGCAGCCUCGAGGAACGAAAAGGCCACACACAGGUGCAGGUCCGGUGGAAAGAGGAACAUGAGCUUGCGGAACUCGAUCUGGCCGAGUAUUGUUAUUUUCCUGGUAUUGCUCACCACCGAAAAAUGCCACUCUACAAAUACGGAUGAUUUAUCUGGUCUGUCGGAGAGAGAAGUAGUGGAAACACUCGUAAGAAAGUGGGCCCCUUUGGUUUGGUUGGCACCGAACGAAAAAUACCUACCGGGAUCGGUAUCCACGUUUUUGGAGCACGUGCAUGCAGAGGAGGCAAAAAUCGUAACGGUUUACCCUGGUAAUGAGAUAUCGGACGUGAGUGAAUUGAACCAAUACCCCUACUACUAUGACAACGAGAACGAGCUGACCUACUACGAUCCGACCGUGCGUCAGGCACGUAACCGUAACAAGCGUAACUUCCGCGAUCCGUCUACCUCGUUGGAUCGGUUGUUUGAUCUGCCCAUAGGUAACGAGUCCAAGAAUUGGUACCUUGUCACCAACACCGACAUCGAAGAGCUGAUAACCGAUAAGAGUUCGUUCAUACACGGACAAAAUCCACAAAAAGAAAAUGUGCCAAUCUACGCGGUGGUUAGCAUGUGCCGUUCGGGGUCCUCCAGCAGUUUCGGGUCCCCAAUGGAUGGCGGCUCUGCUUCAUCGACGGUCACCAUGCAACCGCUGCCCCUCUCGUCAACCGUGCCACUACAACCGCCGACGACUACCUUCCCGACGCCGCCGGCCGCUAUGCAUCACUUUAGCCACAUCGAGAACGAAGUCGUAUACAACACAAUCGAUCGCAUCGGUUACAAGCGCCAUCCCCAGUACGUACCGGUUCACAAGAAUCUCUUCGAGCUGCAGCCGGAGCUGAGGCCGGACAUUAACAAAAUUGAGAAAAGCAUUCGGCUGAUACGAAAACGACGUCGCCGGCGGGGAAUUUCGAUUGUUGAGCCACCAAAUGGGAAAACUGAGGAGGACAGCACCGAGAGCCCCAGUGAGGAGUUGUUGUUCGACCAGAGCAUCGAAGGUCGAGCUGAAGACGCAGACGACGAAGCAGACGACAAUGACAACGAUUCGGAUGAUUGGGAAACGAUCACCGAGCGACGAGACGACAUCACCAUCCACAAUGGGGAAGAUUCGAACGAGUAUCCGCACUUCCAUGUCACUUACUGGAUGUUUUAUCCAUAUAGCCAGGGUAAAGUCAUCUGUACAGUCAACCUGGGACCGCUAGGCCCAUGGCCGAUUCCCCUCAUAUUCGGUAUGUGCUUGGGAACAAAGAAGGAAUUUGGCAGCCACAUCGGUGAUUGGGAACAUAUGAGUUUGUUCUUUAGAGGGAGGAAAGAACCUGACGAAAUGUAUGUCUCAGCACACGAUGCCGGGGCCUUCUACUCCUACGAACGACUGACGGGGACCUUCGAAUAUCGCAGCCAAGAAACACGGAAGGGAAUACUGCAGAGGCCUACAUUCCCAAAGACGGUCAUCACUUCCGGAAAUCAUCCGGUUCUGUUUGCUGCCGAGGGAUCCCACGGCCUGUGGACUGCCCCUGGAAAGCACAAAUACGUCCGCGUUCCCCGUUUGUACGACGUGAACGGCUUCGGAACACCGUGGACCACGUGGAAAAGUGUCGAAAUCAUACACGAAAAUGAUUCCAGGGGGCGAACAUCACUCAAUCCCAAAUGGCUCAAGUUCAACGGACGGUGGGGGAAUCCGAAAAACCGAUGCCAUCCAUUGAAGCGGAUCGGGCUACAUAUCUGCGAACUGACGGACGGUCCCACGGGGAUACCGAGAAAGAAACCCCAUUUUAAGUGCAAAAAGCGAUAAAACUAAGCAAAACAUCACUCAUUCUCAACCGUGCUAGGAGAACUUAGACAAAUCUAUUUAUUUGAUAUUUUUAAUAAUUUAUUUAUUCUUCCCACUUCUAACCUUCAUUCGCCAUUCGACUACAUUAUCGUCAUCCAAUCGAUUAUAUUCUACUGCUGAGAUCAUUAUUUAUUUAAUAAUUUUAACGAUAACCAAACCCUCAUACAUUACUCAUACUUAUACUAACAUUCUAAGUCUCAGUCAUUUUCCACAAACGUUUUCUGGAAAUGUAUUUUUUUUCGAUUUAUCAUUUUUAUGCGCUGGAAACUUUGAAAAAGUUGGCAACCUACAAAACUUCAAUGUGAUUCAAGAAAGUAAUAAUGUUCCAUUUAGUAUUCGAUGUAUCGACGUUGUAAUUGUACAUAAAAUUAUUAUUUUUAUUGUUAUCGAAACGUGACAAAUAAACCAUG